AAAAUCAUACCUGAAGAAUCCUCCCAUUGUCUUGAUAAUACUAGUUUCUCAGAACUUGCUGCUGGAUUUUUAAUCAAACAUCCUCCCAGUAGCUUUACGCAAUAACACCUGUAGUUGUCUAGCAUGAUAUACCACUUGACUACUAAAAAUGAUCACGUGACAUGGAUUCUUUGCAUCUCAAAGCAUUCCCUCUGUAUAAGGGGCUUUUCUAUAUCAAUUUCAAGCAUCAAUUAUUUACUUUCGAUUCAGUUCAUUGUGACGGGAAGAAUUGUUUUUUAUGUCAAGAAGAAUAAACAACGAGGAGGUAAUGAGAACUUGGCUUUGGAAAAUUAGCCAAUGUUUCGUCUCUUACCAUUGCUUCUGGAUCAUGUUUUCUGUGUGAUCCUUUAGGUUCUGCUGUAAAAGAUUUAAAAUCUUCACCGACCAUUUGUUUUUUGCCUUCUUAGUUGAGGAUGUGAAAGCUAAAUUUAUAAUGAUAUGUUUGCAUCUAGAUCGAUUAAUGUAUGAAUUAUGCUUCAAAAAACGCCACUUUGAAUCAACCUUUCAUUAAAAUUUCAAACAAACUUGCCAAACCAACUUGCAAAACCAACCUAAACAGUAAUUUGUUUAUUUUCACUGACAUCUGCCUUUUAGUGAAAUCUUUGGAAGCUUCAUUUGGUGUUACUUCAACCAAAGUCGACCUUUAUCUACUGCCCAGGCUAGUCCAGAUCUACCCCAUUUGUAACUUACCCCUUCUAUAACUACUCUCCAGGCUGUUUUCAGUGCUUGCUGUAUUCCAAAUUGACUUACUGAGUAAUAUUCAAUGUUGCUUGGUGCAUUCCUAGGUUAAAAAACACUAGCAAGUUGUAGAAAUUGAUAAUUCCUGGGGAUCUAUUUGGCUCCCCAUUGCAUUUUAUCUCUGAGCUCCAUCCCUUAUGUCUGUCAACGUUUACAUGGAGUGCUAAAACUGUAGAGGAGAUGCUACCCUAGAAUCUUUUUUCUACGACCGAAUAUCAGAAUAUACCUACAUUUUAACCACAUAUUCACGCAGUUCAUUGGCUAUUGCAAUGCAACGUCAGUAACAUAAUUGAAGAGUAUUUAUUUUGCUGAUAAAAGUCAAUGAAUAUGCGAUGUUUUAUUAAAUAUCUAGUUUACACAUCUUGAUUUUGUAUAAACAGAAUGCUAACCAUCUUGAGAUACCAAGUUUUUAGGCAAGAGGUGACGUCAUUUGAUUUUGCUCAUUAACUACCCAUCAACGCAAGCUAGUCAUUCUGAACCUUUCUUCUCACAGCAUUCCUGUGGUAAUCUUGUUAUUUUCUAUUACCCUGAAUGCUCUUCAGUUUAUUUUCUAUUACCCUGAAUGCUCUUCAGUUUAUUUUCUAUUACCUUGAAUGCUCUUCAAUUUCACUUUGAAACAUCUGGCAACGCAAUGGUAUUAAAAGAUUCUAGUUAACUAUGACUGUAUCCAAUUAGCCAUUUAUCUGUACUAACCAACCACCAGUCCUGAAUAUUAAUGAAUAUUUACCACAGUUUUGAAAAAAUUAUAAAUAUUUUACCAAAUCGUAAUUAAUUUUUGUUCAAUUGCGUGUGACUGCUAACUAAAGCAAAUAUAUUACUUUUCUUUCUUUUGCCCAAGAAAGCGAAACUCAUAUCCAUGUGUCAUAUUCUUAAGAGAGCAUUCACUGACCCUGGGUGACCUGAGAUUCGCUUAUGCCGUCAAAAACCUCCUCGACGAGUAUGACACGAAAUUAAUCAGAUUAUCUAGACCGGAUUCUUCAGCUUCGCCGCGUUAAGUUUUAUAGGAAUGGUAUCUUAUUAAAUCCUGCUUUGUGCAAAUCUCAAAACGGCCUUCCGUUGAAGCAAUAGCCUGCGCGACUGGUUUUCAAAGAGGCAAGCUAAGUUGAAUGAAAAUUUUUAUGCUAUUAUCUCUAAGUAGAAAAAUUCUACUGGAAGAAAAGCCCUAAAUUUACCAUUCAGUUGAAUUCAUCUCAAGAAAAACCAGUAUAGUAUGCGCGCAAGCUGCAACAGCAAUAUAUAUCGUCAAGUAAAGAACGUUACAUUGAAAGACGUCUUUCCAAUGCAUGUUUAAUCCAAUAACAUCACGAAUAGGGCACUCGAUUCUUGGUACCUAGAGACGAACAUGGAAUAAAAUGUGUUCCCCUGUCAAGAAUAUCUUUGUAUGAAUCUUAUUUUUUCAGAUCCUUAUAGGCUAGUGUACAGAGAUUGUUUCUGCAGUACCUUUAGGUACUUUGAAUGUUUUUUACAAACGGUUUGCGGAUGUCGGAUCUCUUUAGGGUAAAAACAUUACUACUGGCUCAACUUAUUCAUUAAUGUCUGAAUUGUGUUUUCACCCCUUUCUCUUUCUAUGCUAUUUCUAGAUACUUAUGUUCUUUCUAUCAUUUGCCAUGCCCAUUGUUGAACCUUUAAAGUGCUUUAAGUUUAAAGUGUAUUGUUUAAAUGCGGGUCUAGCGACAUACGGCCUAACCGAUCUUGAAUCAUGGUCAAUGAUUCUUGUUUUUAAGUUAGGCCCGUCGGAAUCGUGGUAUAUUUCCUUUAUAAUAGUGUACUAAGUGCGAAGGUAUACAAUGGGCAGCUCCCUAUUUCGUUCCAACGGCACUGAAAAUUCACAAAAGUUACCAAGUUACCUAAAUAUCAUUUGCCGUAUAACACUCGGGAUCUCAUCAAAUCAUUGGCUUAAAAUGCUAGUGACCGAAAACAUGAUCUUGAAUCAAGUUACGCAAUUAUCUUGUCACGUGACAUUGUUUUAAUCUGACGCUAUAUUAGCUCUGGUCUUAACGUAUCUCCCGAGGAAGAACAUUCGUCAACACCGAUUGGAAAAACUCAUGGCUUAGCAAGCAGAAUGCCGAAAAAUACUGUGUAUGAUAUCUGCGCCACAGUAAUGAGCGGAGAUAGCCGAAGCAAAGACUGUGAAUGGAUUUCCAACUCAUGGGGAGGCAUGGUUACAGUUUCAACUCUUUUGUCCUUGUUGACAAGCUCAUUUUUGGCAGCGUUCAAUUCAUCGUAUGCUUCUCUAUCUAUCAUUUUAUACCUAUGCGACUUGAUCUAUUUCAUCGAAACAGCUUGUAAAGUUCUUAGAUGUCUUCGGUUAACAAAAGAGGAAACUUCUUGCAAGAAACUGACGCUGAGGUGGUGGCUCAUGUUUUUAUUCGAUGUCUUUUCGCUUCUGCCGCUAGAGUUAUUCGCUUUUGGAAAGACAACAGCUACCCCUUGGCUUCAUAACUCCCGGAUGUAUCGGCUUAACCGUAUAGUCCGGUUCUAUAAAUUGUUCACUUAUGUUGGACACUUGGAAGAGAAGCUUGGUGCAAACUUGAAGUUGAUCAGAACUUUAAAGCAUCUGCUGGUGGGUUUUGCCAUUAUACAUCUAAUGGCAUGUGGCUGGUAUUACAUCGCAUGUGACAAUCAAGGUGUACCAGAUGCCAUGUGCCCAGGAAAAAUGUCUUGGGCUACAGCUGGCUCAAUGUCGUUGCAUCCCCAAAAGAUUCCAGAUAUGGAUGAUCACGAAGAGGAAGAAAGAAAAAAAGAAGAAGGGAAACAUAAAGAAAAUGUCAAAUCCGUGAAGCCCAAGUCUGCAUUUGACAUGUAUAUGACCUGUUUAUACUGGGCAGCAAACACCGCAACUUCCACAGGGUACGGAGAUAUUCAUGCUGUUAGUUUCGUCGAGAAAUGGUUUUCAAUCAUUGGCAUGAUGGUCAGUAUCGUUUUCUUUUUUGGUUCAUUAUUGGGUGAUAUUGCUUCUUCGAUGACAAACUCUGACGUGAAAAGAGCAAGUUACAAACACAAACUCAAUGCUGUCAUUAACCAACUGCGACAAAAAAAUAUUUGCAACUCAACAAGGGAGAUCAUUUAUGGAUUUUAUGAGCACAUGUGGAACACAAACAGACCUGUUGGAGAUGAAAACUUUCUUGAAGAGCUACCAACAGCAUUCCAAUCAGAGCUUUUGCUUAAUGUCAACAGACACGUUCUCCAAAAGGUACCUCUUUUCGAGAAUACAUCAAGCAGUUUUAAAAGGAUGCUGUCCCCAUACAUCAAAUCGAGUAUUUAUUUCCCUGGACAGACUAUUUUCAAGGAACAUGAUAUUGGACACACACUAUUUUACAUUCGUCGUGGAGAAGUCGAGGUUUUCAAGGACGGCAAAGCUAACCCGAUAAAAAGACUAAAGGAAGGCUCAUUUUUUGGUGAAAUUUCUGCUCUUAUGUACGUCCCAAGAACUGCUACAACAACUGCUGCCGAAUACUGCGACAUUUUGAGCCUCGAUAAACAAGACCUCAGCGAUGUCCUGCGCCAUUUUCCUGAAGAACAAGCGAUUUUGGAAUCUGUUAUUGAGAAAAGGUAUGAAAACGCAGAAUUCAGAAAUGUCAAAAGAAAAGUUUUUGAUUCAAAUGGAGAAGAACCUCCGAAAGUUUCGGCGGAAAAAAGACCGUCCUUUUGCAGGUUUGGAUUUUUGCAGCUUUUCGAUGGUUCGAUUGUCUUUGCUUUUUCGAAAAUAUAUGCACAGUGGAGGUGCUUGAUAUUCGCGUUCACAGCAGCAUUUGUAAUCAUCCAUACUUCAAUAGCCUCGUUUGAAGUAACAUUUGAUCGUUUUGGAUAUGGUGACAGUGUCUUUCUUAAGUGCCUGUUUGCAUUUUGGUAUAUAUAUGACGCAUUGCUGGUUGCCGAUGUUUAUGUGAGCUCAAGAGCUGCCUUAGAGCAUCCCGAAAAAGGUUUCGUCAGUGAUCUUCGGGAAAUUAAAAAAAUGCGUGUGAAAACUGUUCGUUUCUGGAUUGACGUAAUGUCUGUUCUUCCAAUCGAGAUAUUUGCGUUUUAUUAUACAUCUUCGCGAGAAAGAUGGUACGCCGCCACAUUUCUCAGAUCAAACCGCCUUAUCAGAAUCUAUCACAUUCCAGAAUACUUCUCGGAUUUGGAGAAGGACAUAACAAACAGUAUUUCGAAAAUCAGGACCUUCAUGCUCCUAUUUUACAUAUUCCUAAUAACCCAUUUGACAAGUUGUGUUUGGUAUCUGCAAGCGUGUUUUGGCUCAAGAUGCUCAACAAACAGCUGGGCACACAAGGCACAAAUUGACGGGACUUUGUCCGCAGUAAACUACUACAUAACAUCUUUGUACUGGUCUUGUGCUACUAUGACGUCAUCAGGCUAUGGUGACAUUAGUGCAGUUUCAAAAGGAGACGAAGUUGUCGUUGUUUUUGUGUUGGUAAUUGGGCUCCUGCUCUAUGGCUACUGCCUUUGCAGCAUCGCAGCAACGUUGAAUAACUUGAGUGCCCCAAAAGUUGGUUUCACUGAGCAUGUUUAUGCUGUGACCAAAUUCAUGAAAGAUUUGAAGGUGUCCAAUCUUGUUAUAAAGGAUGUUGAGAGUUAUCUUUCUACUUUAUGGAGAACGCAUAAGGGGCUCUCAAUGCCUGGGCAAGCAUCUUUGAUGGGUGAUAUGCCAUUGUCUUUGCAACAAGAUGUUGCAUAUGAAGAAAUGAAAGAAAUCAUUCAAGACGUUCCAAUCUUUAGAGACACCGAAAAACGUUUCCAAAAAAUGGUUGCUCUGUCUGCAAAGAGUACCCUUUUUAAACCAGGGGACACGAUUGUUCACAUUGGUGAUAUGUGUCGUGAAAUGUAUAUCGUUCGAAGAGGGACGGCCGAAGUACUUUCAUCUGACAAAAGCUGUGUCGUUGAAACUUUUGGUCCUGGAGGCUAUUUUGGCGAGAUUGCCUUACUAUAUGGGGAGAGUAGCCCAGCAGAUGUGCGUGCCAAAACCUAUUGUGAAAUCGUUUCUAUAUCUAAAUUUGAUUUGGACAAUAUAUUGCCCAGUUUUCCAAUCAUCGCAAAACAAUUGAAGAACAUAAGUGAAAAUAUUGAUGUAUUAAAAAAGAUACAAGCAACUGCUCACGAAGAGGCAAAGAGAUCAGCCAAAAAGAAAACUGAAAAGGUCGAUGAUAAAAGCAAGUUAGAAUCAAAGGAUAAACAUUGGAAAACAAUUCACAUUAAUCCUCUUUAUAAGGGAGGCGCACGCAAGAUUUCCUUGCCAACAAGAUUGACAGUUGAUGGGCUGUUGCUCGAUACGAGCAUGACCUCAGAAUAUAGACAGCAAAUGAUUUCAGAGCUUGACAAGCAAGAAAGAGAGCAGUACUAUGCAGAAUUGAAGCCAAUCUUGAAGUUCUUCGCUAGAUUUUUGAUGAAGCGUACAGUUUCACCGGAACAAUCAAAAUUGCGGACAUGGAUUUUUAUAUCUGUCAUUGUAUCUUAUGUGUACAUCAUUCUUCUCGGGAUCCAGAUAGCAUUUCUACCGGAUGAUGAAGCAAUGAUUGCAAUAUGUUACUGUUUUGAUGCCUUCUUCGUCAUAGACUGCUACCUGAAAAUGCACGUUGCAUAUUACAACAAGAAGGGCAUACUCGUUAGUUGCCCGAUCAAAACCGCUGGAAAGUACUUGAAGUCGAACUUUUUACUGGAUAUCCUGCCAUUGAUUCCCUUUGAAGCUUUCUUUCAAACUCAUGGAGGAACAGAGCAUUUCGGUAAGCUCAACAGGCUCCUUCACUUGAUCAAAAUAAUGCAGUUCUUCUCUUUUUUUCAGUCGUCGAUUGGAAAAAUUCCUACAAUGAUUAGCCAUCUCGGGUUAAGCAGCUAUCUGUGUUUGUCGACUCACUUUUUCGCCUGCGCUUGGUUCUACGUUGCCUGCCCUGAGAUUCGUUCACAUCAACACAGCUACUCUGAGCAUGAAAAUAAAACGGUCGUAGACCCAGGAAUUAGUAGCACACCUCUCGACUUCCAUCAUAUGCAUUUCAGAUGCGGCAAGGAGUCAUGGGCUGGAAGGAUGGAGAAAGUAGAAAUCCAACAUGAGCAAGUCGCCUAUCAGUACCUUGUCAGUUUUUACUGGGCAGUGAGCACACUGUGUUCCGUUGGGUACGGAGAUAUUCACGCCUAUGUGACAUCAGAGAUGGCACUCAGUUGCGUAUGCAUGGUAUUCGGCGUUGUUUACUUUGGCUACAUUCUUGCAAGCGUUGCAGCCUCGAUGUCAAACGCCGAUGCACUGCGGGCAGGGUACCAAGACCAGCUCGAGGCCAUCAAACUGUUUUUGAAGAGUGAAAAUGUAAAGCCAUCCUUAGCUGAUCGAAUCAUGAAACACUACGAGUAUGUUUGGAAAAGAACAAAAGGUGUUGAUUCUAAAAAUCCGUUUCAAGGACUGCCAACGGCAAUGCAGGGAAACAUAUGCAUCUCGCUCUACCAGUCUAUGCUCCAAUCGGUUCCAUUUUUUAAGAAUACUGAACUUGGUUUUAUCAAGCUACUAUCAAGGCAUAUUAGGCCCUUCUACGUUUUAAAGGGUGAAUACAUUGUCAGAAAAGGAGAUUUGUGGCAAGAGAUAACUUUUAUCCGCUUUGGGGGUGCAGAGGUCGUAACAGACGACGAGGAGCCUGUUGUCUUGAAACAGAUCGGCACAGGCGACUUCUUUGGUGACGUUGGUGUUGUGUGCAAUGCCCAAGUGAACUUUUCAAUAAGAUCCCGCACGAACACAGAUCUGUUUGUUCUUAGCAAAUGUGACUUAGAUGCACACUUGCAAAGCUUCCCACAAAUCAAAAGUCAAAUAUCAUUGGCAGCGCAAGAAAUGAAAGAUAUGCUAGAUAAGAAAAAGAAGCAAGGUAUCUUCGACUUUGAAAUCCGCAAAAUUGAAGAAACAUCCGAAGACAAAAAGAUUAGCAUAUUCAUAAAAGAUGACAAAGUAACACUGAAAGGCAAAAAGACUGGACCACAAGCCAGAGAGAGAAAUGAAAGUGGCAAGAAUUCUCUGUUUGAGAAAUUGCGUAAAUGGAGUCGAUUUGUUCUUUCUCCGAACAACCCGCUAAAGUACUAUUUGGAGAGAGUCAACUGCAUUGGGAUAUUUUUGUCCUACCUUGUGAUCACAUACGUGGCCGCUUACCAACACCACUCCACAGGAAUUCUUUGUUUAAUCUAUCUAUUGGAGGUCUCCUUUAUAUUCGAGAUGUACCUCAAUUUCCACAUACCUUACACGUUAGCAAAUGAAGAGGUAGUUGAUGACUUCGAACAAAUCUGGAAUCAUUAUGUCAAAGGAGAUUUCAAAAUGGAUCUCAUCUCAAAUUUGCCAGUUGACUUGCUGGGAUUUGCCUUUGAAAGUGAACAUCGCCUGCAAAUUUUGUCAUACAUUCGUCUUUUUCGCAUUAUACGCAUAAGAAGAAUAUUCCUGUUUUACCAAGAAUGGGUAACUAGACUGAAUGUAAAUAUUCUCAAUAUCCGACUGAGCGAGAUUGGUUUCAAGGUUGCAAUUUCCGUCCACCUGUUUGCAUGCAUUUGGUAUAUGCUAGCAUGUAUCGGUCAUCACUGUAAGAAAAAGAGUUGGGUCGGUGAAAGAAACCACACACUCUCCGAUCCGUUUGAAAUGUACGUGGAUAGUAUAUACUGGGCAGUGGCGAGUAUGACGUCAACUGGUUAUGGAGACUUUCAUGCUACUAAUGAAAUCGAGAUGUUGUUUGCGGCAUUCGUGAUGCUUGCCGGAAAAUGUAUUUUUGGUUUUGUUCUUGGCCAGCUGACGUCAUCUCUGGCUGAUACUGAAGCUCAAAGAGUUAGCUAUGAAGAGAGGUUAAAUGCAGUAAAGGCCCAAAUGACGGAGCAAAAAAUUUCGCUGGCAUUGCAAAAAAGGGUUCUAGAUUUCUUCAGAUAUUCAUGGAAAACAACGAGGGGUGUUGAUAUUAGUUCGCAUCUACUCAAUUUGCCAUACUGCUUGAGGGCAGAGUUUUAUCAUUCUUUGGUUGGCGAAAGGCUCGAAAAGGUUCCUAUGUUUCAAGGUUGCAGUCCGGCUUUUCUUCGAUUGCUGUGCAGCAAAGCACUGUAUCAGCAUUUCUCCGCUGGUGAAUACGUCGUGAAGAGAGGUGAUGUUGAACACUGUCUGUAUCUGAUUAAACGAGGAAAGGUUGAAAGCAUUUCUGACGAUAACGUACAAGGUGAAGAACAAACUGAGAAAAGAAAGACAUAUGAAGCGGAUAGCGUUUUCGGAGAAAGCGAGAUUUUGUCAGACAAAUUAUGCUCGACAACCAUGAAAACAAUAACUGAGGUAGACUUAUUCUCAUUCAGCAAGUCGGCAAUAGAGAGCGCCCUACACUCCUUUGGAGAUCAAAGGCAGAUCUUCAAAUACAGUAGCCGUAGACUGUCUGUUAUUGAAGAGGAACAGAACCACGAUGUCCAUGCAUAAUAAUCUCGUUUUUAUAUCGAUGUAAAAAUACGAAAUGUGUAGAAGUAAACUUAAGACUAUUUAUUCAUUUUACUGUUUUAAGAUUAAACUUAAAUAUUUGUUGUUUUAAUAAACAAGGUCAGAAAAUUCAUUCCUUUCAUUAAGUGGAAAAUUCUGAUGGCUUGUUUAAAAACACCAAUGUCGCUACCGUUAUAUCAUGUUUAUUCUUUGAGCGACGGCUACAGGGGGGAUGGUUGCCACCCUCACCCCAUUUUUGCCAUUACACGGUACUUCUAGCCUGCGUCACAGACCAAAAACUUCACGGAAAUCUCAUAGAGCCCCCGAGUAUCACACAUGGAAUAGUUUGAUAGAACCUUUUUGAAAUAUGCGCUAGAAUCUCAUCAAAGCAACUUGAUAUGUUAUUACUAGUGUUUAUUAUUGCAUUUUAAGGUUUUUUUGGUAGACGGUUACUUAAACAUAAUGCUGAGCCCUUAGUCGAUCAGAAGAUUGAAAAACCAUUGAACUGGUCAGCCUCAGUCUUUAAGUAAUCUGCUCGAAAACCCCUCUUUUGAAGAUUGUUUCUUCCCAAAGGCAUCUUUUUCCUGUUGAAUGGACAUAUAUAAAUAGAAAGAAAAACCUCUAAUGACUUAUUAGGUACUCUUUUUGUGUUAACUCAUUUUAUGUUAUCUCGUGUUACGUUUUUGCGGUUCUUAAAAGUAGCUACUCAGCAUUUGUAUUCAGUCGAAAGGCACUGCGGAGCAGGGGGCUGGGAGUAGCCCCCACUUUUAAAAAAAUGCCACGUAUUAAGUAAUAAACUUCCAGUAAAGCCUCUUUUUAUGCUGUUUUAGCCCCCCCCCCCCACUUUUUUAGACCCCCACUUUUCUCAACGCUCCGCGGUGCCUGGUCGAGGGUCAUUUCAAUCUUGCAAAAAGCGAACAAGAAAACACAAGGAUUUUUACAGAUGUUCUGUCAAAACAAUAGGAUUUCUACCGAAGGUGUACGAGCUUUUGAUAGUGUGAUUUGCCCCUCGAUUGAAGCAACUUUAAGUACGAUUAAGAAACUUUUAGUACUGAAAUCAACAGAAACUGAGUGCAAAUCCCGUACUUAGCUUCUGAUAAGAAAUGAGUGUACAUGGUAUUGAAUUAAUUGCUGUUCAAAGGUUUCCUAGGAUCAAGAUGAAAGUGGACAUUGCUGAGAUAAUCUGAAACUGGGUCGAGGAACGCUUGACCUCGCAGUUUGAGAAAGCAUUCGGCAAUGGUUUGACCUCUCUUCAUGAAUCCCAUCGAAUUACUGAAGAUUUUACACACCUGGGUAAAUUUUGUAAUAAUUUGGGGAUACCGUAUUACCUUUAAAGAACGCUGCGGUGUUUAUUACAAAAUCUAACUUUUGUAUGCGGUGAUAAAUAGAGGACGGCGUAUAACAGAGGACGGCGUUUAAUACAGAAUGAAAAAUUUGUCAAAUAAAAAAUAACAAGAAAAGUGUGAUUAAGUUUGAACGACAGCGACAAACAAAAGGAAAGACAAUAGCCGUUUCAGCUCGUAUCCCCAACAAGAACAUAGUUUUCUUUACCCCCAAAACACGUAAUAAAGAUUGUAUGAAAAUUUUGUCUCAACGUUAUUGAAAUGUCAAUGAAUGCCAAUGUCCCUGUUUCUGUCAGCGUCCUCAUCUCUUGACGUUACAACUGUCAUUGCUUUCAAAUGAUAAGCGUGUUGAUGAACGCCGCUUUUCAAGAUACGGCGCUUAACAGAUGGCGGCGUUUAUUAGAGGGCGGCGUUUAUUAGAGGAAAUUCGGUAGUCCCUUUUGCAAGUAGCCCGUUUUUUUUUCAGUGAAAUCUGUCACCAUGAGAUGAACCAUUGUUCUCAGGCUCAAGAGUCUAUGGCCAAACAUCGGCUCAUGCUGUUAUUUAUCUUCACGUGAACUAUCAGUACAUUAUGGUCUAACGUGUCCUCACCGUUCUUUUCACAUUGUUUUAGAGCCACACUGCAUUGCCAUGGGACUCACCUCAUCUUUGGUGUCAAUGUUGGUUUUUGGCUGUCAGGUCCAAAUCAACUGAGGCGUGUGCUAAAAAUGCAGAGGGAAAACGCAGAUGGACGAAGUAUGUUACCGUUUAAAUCCAAGAGAAGUAUUCCUAGAUGAAAAUUUUACGCCAGCAUUGAGCAGUGGGCAGUUGAAGUUUUUGCGGAAAGGCAACACUUGACAGCGACAAACC